AGAUGUAAAAGUGUUCUAUGUUUCAGCACAUAUUUACAUUCCUGGUGUUCUUCAUUCCUUUGUGAUCCAAGUUUCCAUCUGGUACCAUUUCCCUUCACCUGAAGAACUUUCUUAAAUAUGUCUUAUUGUGUGGUUCUGCUGGUGACAGAUUCUUUCAGCUUUUCUUUGUCUAAAAAAGUUUCUUUUUUGCCUUCAUUUUUGAAGGAUACUUUCCCUAAAUAUCGAAUUCUUGGUUGACAUGUUUUUUCCCCUUGAGCACUUUAAAAAUGUCAUGCAGUCGUUUUCUGGCUUGCACAUUUUCUGAUAAGAAGUCAGCAGUUAUUAUUAUCUUUGCUCCUUUGUAUACUACAUCUUUUAUUCUCUGGCUGCUUUAAGAUUUUUUUCUUUAUCACUAGUUUUCAUCAAUAUGAUUAUGUUGUGUCUUAGUACAUUUGUGGGGUUUUUUCUGGUUUUGUUUUUUGUGUGUUUGUUUAGUCUUGCUAAGGGGUGAUUGGGCUUCUUGGACCUAGGUUUUAUCCAAUUUAGAAAAUAAUAAAUUUUAACCAUUAUUUCUUCAAUUAUACUUUUAUCCCACCCCCCAUUUUUCCUCAUCUUCUCAGAUUCCAAUUACAUGUGUGUUAGACCACUUUCUGUUAUCCCCAAGUCACUGAAACUCUGUUAAAUAUUUUUUUUCUGUCUGAUCUUCAUUUGGGAUCAUUUUUAUUGCUAAGUCUUCAGAUUUUCUAAUCUUUUGUGGGGAGAAGGCUGUAUCUAAUCUGCUGUUAAGCACAUCCAGUGAAACUUUCAUUUUAAAUGUUACAAUUUUCACCUCAAUAAGUCCCAUUCAGUUUUUGUUUUUAUCAUCCAUUUCUUUCAUUAUGUUCCUGUUUUUCUUUAAAUAGUUUUACAUUGUUAAACUAGCUGUUAUCCUUGUCUGUCAGUGAUCAUUUCUGGGUGUUUCUGUUAUUAUUUUCCUUUCCAUGAGUCACAUUUUUUCCCUGCUUCUUGGCAUUUACUUAAUUAUUUAUUGGAUGUUGAACAUUGUAGAGAUUAUGUUGUUAAAUGUCUGAAUUUUGUUGUUUCACUGUGAAAAGAGUUAGACUUUGUUUUUGAAAGUAGUUGCUUGUGGAAUAUUUUCAUCCCUUCAAGGCCUAUUUUUAUGUUUUUCUAGAGCAGAUCAGGGUCACUCUGGCUCCAGGGAUAAAUCAGUCCUACUACUAAAGCAUGGCCUCUCUGAUUCUCUACUGAAUACCUCAGAUGAUCUCUGAGAACGCUAUACUCUGGUUGGUUGGACCCUGAAUAUCUCCCUACCUUUGUGUGUCUUAGGAAUUAUUCAACUUACAACUUCCUGGUCAUUGUUUUCCUAGUCUUUGUGAGUUUUAUUGUAUGCAUGCAUGGCUUAGUGGUCAAAAAAGACUCAAGGGGAAUCUUGUGAAGAUUUAUUUGAGCUCUUUUUUCUGCAUAGCUCCCUCAUUUCUGAAAUUCUGCUUUGCCUCAGCUUCCCUGAAUGCUGGUCUGUGUUGAUAAUAAAGCCACCGAGCUCUGUUUGGUCCCCCUUUCCCGAUAAUCUAAGUCUGGAAAUUGCCUCCGGAAGAUAUCUGGGACACUGAUAAAGCUUACAUUAUUUGUUUCUCUUCUCUCAAAGAUCAUCAUCCAGUGCUGCCUGCUGUCCAAUACUUAAAACUGUUGAUUCACUUCUAUUUUGUCCAGUUUUGUAUUUAUUUAUGACAAGACAUUAAAUCUGUUCCUUUUUAUUCCAUCAUGGCCAAAAGUGGAAGUCUCUGUCCAUCCCUUUUAAUAUAACAUCUAAUUUUAUGAAAAAGUAUUUCUGAAGUAUCUGGGUUCUGUACUCCUUGAGCUAGUGUAAAAAUGCUUUAUUUUCAUUUAACUAUGAACCAAAUUGACUUGAUAGCAGAACAGAAACUGGGUUCUUGUUUCUGUGAACUCACUGAAGUGGGCGGUCUGUGAUGCAGACACACCUGUGGUGGGAUCUGAAAGAAAAAGGCAACUUGCACAUGUGGUUCAGAUCCUUUAUUUAGCAACUUAGUAUUUGAAGAUUUUUUUUUUGAGGUGUCUUUUUCCAGCUAUUGUUCAACUUUUCAUUUUGUCAAAUAUAUCACAGAAAUGUUCUUGUCUGCAAGCUGUCACCUGAUGAAUUGUUUCAGUGUGGUGGAGUAUGGACUUUUGAGGGCCUUACUGCUAGUCAGGAAGCCCUGACUCCUGUUCCCUUCCCUUUAGUAGCCUCUGUUUUUUUGUUGCCCCUACAAAGUUGAAAAGGAUCUCUCACUUCCCAGUUAUUUCUUCUGAUGUUCUUUUGGGGAACACUGCCUUCCUGUGCAGUGUGAGCAUGAAACUCUCCAAGGCCUAUUGCUAGGAGGCCUAUGGCCAACCUGUCUCUGAGAGCCAAUAUUCCUGCCACUGGCUUUCAAUCUGAGUUUGUCUUCUCUCUGUGCCUGGGCUAACAUUCAUUUGUCUUGUCUGGAUUCUCUCUGGGCUGCCUGUAUCAGUUCUCUGCCAGUCCAGUUUCCCCCCUGUUUGGGAUACGUUUUCUUAGGUAUGUCCAUGCUCUAGCUUGUCAGUCAACCUCUGUGCAAGGGAAGACUCAAGAAGAUUUAAAACAAGUGAAAAGGAAAUCACCAGUCUCAUCCCAUGGGACCCAGAGGCAGAGCUGCUGUCGCUCGCGGCUCUUUCCACUUUCAUUAGCUCUCCCUGAUCCCCAAGGUCUGGCCCUUACCCAAGAAGUCAAGUCCUGUCCAACUCCUUACCAUUUCUGGGAAACCAAGUCCUGGCAGUGCCCCCUUGGAGAGCUUGAGGCUCAGAUGAGCUGUGCCUCCCUCAGCCUAGCUUGGGAACCUGUCACUGCUUCCUGAUUCUAGUGUUCAUCUCUGCCUCUUGCCCCAGCAUAACACACAACAGGGCCUGAACCCCAGCUGCUAUCUUUCUUCCCUCUUUCUGCUUCUCUCCCCGGAGUCUGCCAAGGAAUGGAUACCUGUUGGGUUUAUAAUUUCCAUCAUCCCGAUUGGGGAGCUGAGUUUCAGUACAGGAAAGUGAUUGAGCUAACAUCCCUUGGGAAGACAAUGGGAGCCGGGGCCAUAGCCCAGGUCUCCUGGCACGUGGCCAGGUUCUCUUUCUAGGACUUCUUGAGGCUUAUACUUAGAUUUCCAUGUUCGCAUGUAUACUCACUCUAGACUCUCACCUCUCAUCCCUGGGGUUACUGGCACUGCCCUUGCCUCAUUCUAGAAUGGAUGGAAAGACAGAUUGUUCCUGGGAAUUCUUUCAGGAUUCGGUGACGUUUGGUAAUGUGGCACAAUACCUCAUCAAAGGGAGUGAUUGAGGCUGGACCCUAAGCAGAGGACCUCAGCAUAUUGAAGAAACGUGAUAUCUGUGGGUAAGGAUGACCCCAGCCCUUUCACAAGAUUUGCCACCAGCUUCAUGGUCCUACAGAGCUGGGAGUGGGAUAAGGGGGCACCUGACAUAGCCCCACACAAGCCCAACUUCCAGCUUAUGCUCCCUGGGAAUGGGCUGUAAGGAAAUACAGAGGGUCUGCUACACACGACCCGUCAAAGUAACGGGUGUCCCUCCAAACUCAUAAUGGCUUAGAAAGAAGUUAGAACAAACUGGCCACCAUAAUGAAAUACUUUUUUAACCCACAAAUUAUGUAAAUUUUAUGGGAACUUUAUUGUAGUUUACUAUUGAGAGAGGCUGACAUGGCAAGUUCCUUUGUACCACGAGGGGCUGCAUGUGUGAGGGGGGGAGGCUUCUUAGGAGGAGAGACUGCCAGGGGUCAGCUUUGAUAGUUAUGGAAGGACCCCAAGUUCAGUGUGCAGAGCUUGAGGACAGUGGACAGGGGAAAGGGAGGAUCCACCCCUCAGGAAGAUGACCUGGUGCUCUAUGUGGAUAGACCCAGAGCUUGCUUCAUCCAGCCCCUGGAAGGAGCUGACCAUUGGGAAAGACAUUUGAUAUGAAUGAAUGACUUGCCUAAGGGAACAGCCACUCCAGCCCUUGAGGAUUGAAAGGUUCCCCUUCAAAGGCCCCAACCUGAUGUCAUCUCUGGCUGCUGCUACUGCCUGUUUCUUUUUCCACAAGAAGGAGUUCCUGUUUUGACCCUCACCUUGGUCUCUCACCUGGAGCAAGUCAGAGCCAUCCCCUAACGUGGAUUGAGCUAAACAUUCAGAAAGCAUCUGGGCAACCCAACAGCCAAUGAUGGAUGAAGACGCACAGUCACAGGAGAUGGCCUCCACAAGCUCCCCUAGGGCCAGUGAGCCCAGCCCUGAGGUCAAACAGAAUGGGGACUCCGGGGGGAAGGGAGGAAGCCCCCAGAAUUUGCCUGUAGAGCAUCACUUUGCAUGUAAAGAGUGUGGGGAUGCCUUUCGGCUUAAGGUCCUUCUGGUACAGCACCAGCGAAUUCACUGUGAGAAGAAGGGCUGGGAGUGCGGUGAUUGCGGGCAGGUCUUUUGUGGGGUGGCUGAGUUAAAUGAGCACAGGAAGAGCCACGUAGCUGCAGAGCCCCAGCCGGGCCCCAGCUGGGUCCUCGACGGGGCCGUGGAGAAGAGGGAGCAAAUGGAGAAGGAGGCGAAACCCUUCGAGUGUGAAGAAUGCGGGAAAAGGUUCAAGAAGAAUGCAGGCCUCAGUCAGCAUCUGCGCGUCCACAGCCGAGAGAAGCCCUUUGACUGUGAGGAAUGCGGCCGCUCCUUCAAGGUCAAUACACACCUCUUCCGCCAUCAGAAGCUGCACACUACGGAGAAGCCCUUUGCCUGUAAGACGUGUAGCAGGGAUUUCCUGGAUCGCCAGGAACUUCUCAAGCACCAGCGGAUACACACCGGCCACCUGCCCUUCGACUGCGACGACUGCGGCAAGUCCUUCCGAGGAGUCAAUGGCCUGGCCGAGCACCAGCGCAUCCACAGCGGAGCCAAGCCCUACGGCUGCCCCCACUGUGGCAAGCUCUUCCGGAGGAGCUCGGAGCUCACCAAGCAUCGGCGGAUCCACACUGGCGAGAAGCCAUACGAGUGCGGCCAGUGCGGCAAGGCCUUCCGGCAGAGCUCCAGCCUCCUGGAGCACCAGCGCAUCCAUACCGGGGAGCGUCCCUACGCCUGCGGCGACUGUGGCAAGGCCUUCCGGGGGCCUUCCGACCUGAUCAAACACCGGCGCAUCCACAGCGGACUGAAACCCUAUGAAUGCGACAAAUGCGGGAAGGCCUUCCGCCGGAGCUCUGGCCUGAGUCGCCAUCGGAGGACCCACAGCGGAGCAAGACGCUGCGAGUGCAGCGAGUGUGGCCGCGUGUUCAAGAGGCGGUCAGCGCUGCAGAAACAUCAGCCAACCCACCACGAGUAAGCGAGGCUCGCAGCCCCACGGCUGGCAGCGGAUUCCCACCGGGGCCAGAUCCCUAGAGGGGGAGGGCAGAGUCAAAGGAGAUGAACAGUUUUGUAGUGCUUAUAUAUUUUCUCUUCAAGAAAGGUUGAAAUCAAUUUAUACUACCACCAGCAAUUUAUAAGUGUCUGUGUUUCCCAUUUUGCCUAUCUAGAGUAGUUUUACCAUUUUGAUUGAUUUUGGCUGGUUCAACUGGCCUCAAGUACCUUCAAGGUAUUUAAACCCACAGGCCUUGAAUUGGAGAAUGAGAGAAGAGAAAUCUGGAUGUGGGAGGUGGAACUGAAUGGAGAUGCUUGUUCUCCUCCAAGCUCCCCCUUCAGGGAAACGGAGACCCAGAGCUAUUCAACGAUGGUGUCGGUAGAUUGUGAAUCCCAACUUUCCCUAACAGAGCGAUCACCCCAAAGUUUUUGGCCUACUUGAAUUUAUAAAUUUUUAGGGUUGUAAAUAGAAUAAUCAAAUGUCUUAUAAUAUUUAAUUUAUUAAUUUAGUUAUGCAUACCUAUUAUAAAUCACAUUAUAUAUAAUAAUAUAUUAAUUUAGAAAAUAUUCCUUUCUUGCCUGACUCUGCUCCAUGAGAUCAUUUUAUCCUAAUUCCUCCUAUGCAUUUCUAACCGCACCGUCUUCACCAACCUCAGAGCCCCCUGUAGUCAUCAUUUUUAAAGCCCAUCCAGUGGCUUCCAUCUAUCUGAGCUGUGUGCCACGUAGCACUGUGACAAUCCCUGCACAAGGCUCUCACUAGAAAUCGCCUCCUACAAGCCAUAAGUACCUGUUCAUGUAACAUUAGAAUGAUGGUUGUCCUUUUUUAAUUUGUCUUAUAGUUCUACAAUGCACCCACAUAAGGUGUUCCUUUUUUUAAAUGACCUUUAAAAGGCUUUUUUAAAGCAUUAAAAACUUGUCAUUGUGAGCACAUACUCUUAAGAAGUACUGAAUCUGAGUUACAUUUCUUUUGUGUCCUUUUUUCUUAAACCGAUUCAACCUGGUGACUCCCAUGCAUAUCCAAAACUAGCAUCAACUGGAGUUUAUUUCAGGCUAAUGGGUCUCAUCCCCAAGCAGGACUAUUCGAAGUCAAGUUUUUGAGAGACAAUCACCAUGAUAACAAUAAUAUCCCAAGGACUUAAGCAUAAGGUGAUGCCUCCUUCAGGGGAACAAUAGCCUCUCCUGAUAUGGGGCCUAGAUGGUACUUCUCCAAUCCUCCAUUUCCACUUCUGUAAAACGAGGAUGAUCACAGGACUACCUCCUAAGGUUAUCGCAAGGACCAUGAUGCCUCACCUGGCACAGAGGUACACACUCAGUGAAGUCAUCUGCCAUCACCUCCAUGGUUAUUGCUGUUCUGUGACUCACUGGUAUCUGAACUGGGGAUGAACCCAGGCUCCUGACUCCUGGUCUCAACUUCUUUCUCUCACAUGAUGGCUUAAAAUACUGUUUCUGUUUCCUCGCAUGCAGAUCGUAUGUUCAUCUCCUUUGACCAGUUAUCAAGUUACCUUUGGAUAUAUUGACUUUAUACAGCAGUUCUUUCUAUAUCAAUUGUGAUGAUCUCUUUGCCAGUUUUAUUGAUUUGCUCUUUGUAGCAGUUUUAUUACAUUUAUGUUGUGCAAGCUUUUGAUUUUUACAUAUCCAAGCGUUCAUUGUUGUCAGUUAAAUCGUAACUUCCAUUGCUUCAGUAGUUAGAGAUGAUGACAUUUUCUUCUAGAUAUUGAAUUACAAAUGAAAAGUUGAAAGUCCUGCCCCACCAGAAGGUGAAUGCUCAGGUGGGCAGGCUGGAUGGAAUUGGGCCAGAGAUGCAGGCUCACUCCUCAUCCAAGAUGAAGACUCUGCACGUCUGUGGGCAGUACUUGACUUUCCAACCUGGCCACCCAGGCACUCAAGAGGAAUUUCCAUCUUGGAUUAGCCAGAACACUCUUGACUGUUCCUCAGCAUAGCCCUGGCCUUCAGCAGUGGGGCAGGACCUCACUUAUGGGUCAGGAUCAAUGGGGCGGUCCAAACUUGGUCUUGGCAGCAGCUGGCCAAACUUCCAGCUCCUGGGAGCCUUGGCCAUGGAUCGGUGUGGAUUCAGUGCCUGAGCAGCAGAUCCACUCAACAGACAUCUCAAACACGAAGACUCAACUGACUGAUGGCUGUCACGUGGAUGGUAUCCUCUUGCUAGAGAGUGAUUCUGGAACUAGAAAGCGGUCAGCAGUUUGGUGGCUUCCACUUUUGGUGACUAGGAGGAAAUUCACCAGUGUGUUCUGAUGUCACCUCCUGUGUCCACAUCUGUGAGGGGGUGACAGAACAAAGGCUUGAAGACAACCCUGCCCCUCUGAUGGCCACACCAGGCCUGGGCUGUGACUUGCCACAGCCUUUCCCAAGAGGGGCAGUUAAAACAAGGGUUUGGAGGGCAAUGAUGCCCUUCUGAUGACAGCCCGUGUGGCACAGAUAUAGAAAUUGGUCAUCCUGGGACUGGGCUCUCACUUUCAGCAGCCUCCCCCAGGAAGAACAGCAGCAAGGGCUAGCCAAGAACCUGGCCCCUGUAGCGUGACUUCUCAGCAGCUGUGCCCGGGGUAGAGGGGGAACUUGAGAGCCUGCCAAGGAAGGGCACCCUUCUGACAGGCCCACCGGGGCUGGGAAACAGGGUCCCACAGUGACCCUUGUGACCUUAGCCGGAGGUACUCUGGAUUGGCCCCCCCAGGUCACACCAGUGGCUCUCUGCGACAUCUCCAUCCUGACCCCCAGGCUGGAGAGAAGCUGACAGAUCUUGUUACAUAGCAAUUCUUUCUGCUCGGGGGCCUCAGUUCUUGCAAUAGUUGUAAAUCUAUGUCUGAAAUCACUACUUCCUGUCUCAUCAGUUUUCUCUUUUCAAGCUGUUAAUGAUAUAUUUGCUGCAGCUGUCAUUUGGUAAUGAAUGUUGGCGUCCAUGCGGCCAAGUCUGGCAUCACAACCUGGAAGUGGCCUGCCAUAUCUUGCCUGGGUUUUAGGAAGGAUCCAGAUGCAGUAUUAACUCAUAACUUAGCAUCGUCGACACCGCUCCACUUAUCCCCAGCCAGGACCCAGCACCUUGGCACCUUGGCACCUUGUCAUGCCCUCCUUUCCUUUGUUCCAUUCUCAGUUCUAUGAUUUUCUCUUGAACAGACCGUCCGCCGGAGUGAACACAUCUUUUCUGUCACUGUGUUUGUGGGUGAAGUCCAUGCUCUCUCUGUGGCUUUAACGUGUGUCCUGUAGUCACACCGAGUUCAGUGUUUGCCUCGGGUCCCUGGGGGAGGGGGUGAAUUUCCUUGGACUCUCUAGGUCUACUGCUACAUCAGAUGCAAAAUGUGAUCAGACUUGCUGUCAUGUGUGCUUGUCUAUGCAUUUAUGUAUCUACCUCAUUUCAUUCUUCUUUCUAAUCACACGUAUUCCUUUUGCAAGGCAAAUGGAGAGCAGGUUGGUUAUGUAGAAUGCCAGCUGUCCUUCAAAAUGGGUCCUUAUAUUCUGAAGAAAACCUCCCAUCACUUUUAUUAAAGUUUUGAAUACUUGCUGAAAUUUUCAGAAGAAAGUAACCGUUUACCACUUCUGCUGCUUAAUAAGAUGAACUGUGUAGAUUGGUUGUGUCUUACCCACUCUCCAGCUUCCAAAAUGAGCCCCACCCUGUCCUGGUGGGCAUCUCUCUUGCAUGGGGUUGCAUUCCACAUGCCUGGGGCUGUGCCCUGUUGUCUGCUAUGUGAACCCCACCCCAUCAAGGUCAUGUUCAUUCAACCAGAACUGAACACUUGACUCACGGGCAGUAACUGGUCGACAGAGCUGGAGACAUGGACCAGAUCUUUAGGGUUCUCUGUGAAGUGUAAAUAAGAAAACAGAGAAGUUUCUAGUUGGUGCUGGAAGGAAGAGGGAGCCACCUGGGAUUUAGGGGAGUUGCCCUGAUGGGCAGCACCAGCUUGAAGAUCUAUGGACUCCUGCUGGGCACCCUUAGAGAGCCUUGACCCCAGCACCACAAGGGAGCCUGGCAGUUCCCUUCUGGGAUCUCUGGCAACUGCCCUGGUCCACUUGUGUCCCUGCCGUAGACCCCCUUGACCUGAGCCAGCUUAAGUGGGCCUCUGCUUUUUACAGUCUGUCAAGAGCAAUUGCAUUUCCCCAUUUGUCCACUUCCUGAGAAGAAUCACAUGGUUGACUUUCCUCAUGUCCUACCCAGCCCUUGUCCCCAGACCAAGCCCCACCUGACUGUUCUAAACACCUCUUUUUAAUGUGGUAUUCUGUUUGCUAACAUGGAUACAAAUCUAUGCCUCCCAGUCUCGGUGAGUUUGACCAGUGAUUUUUCUGUCUGGGCAUUGUUACUUUCCUGACCCCAUGUUUGCCCCAGGAAAUGAGUUAAGUCACUGCUCACCCUAUUCUUGAUUUUGGAAGUGUCUAGCUACUUCCCAGCUAUCAGAUUGGGGAUUGGGAAACUGAUAACUUCUGGAUAGCUAGUAUACUUACAAUGUGUAGUUCUUAUUGCAUCUGUUUGGGUGGUUAUUUUCAAAAGUAGAAAUGGUCUCUUUAAACAAACAUGGCCUUCAGUGUUACUUGCAGAACUGAGAACAGUUAUUCUCUGCCCCAGUUCAUGUUUUGGUUGUUGGCUUUCUUUUCUCAUUCCUCCCCGGUUUCCUUAACUUGUCUGUUUUACAGCAGUUACUAUAAUCAGCCUUGCACUAGCGCUUUGCUCUCCCCACCUUCCCCAACCUGUUAGAUUGUGAGCUCUUAGAAGACAGGGGUGGCCCUUCUUAUCUGAUUCCCCUUCCAGAUCUAGCACAGUGCCUUGCAUCGAGUAGAUUUCAAUAAAUAUAUGUUAAAUGGCA